GAGGCCAGCUCGAAGGCGCUCGACUUUGAGCGACGCCAGCUCCUUUCCAGCCUGGGCCUCGCCUUGAAAGGACCAGGAGCGAAGGCCUCUGCGAAGCCAAAGCAGCGCCCGACGACACACAGAGGUGUGCAGACACCGCCGUCUAGGCAGUCGGCAGGGGGGAUAUCGCUCGAGGAGCCUUGCCUGAUCAAUGUGUGCGAUGAUCCGCUACUAUCAGGCUGCUUGCGAUACAUGCUCCCUGCGAAUCAAACGGUCAGCAUUGGCAGUAGCACGUCCUGCCAAGUGCGCCUGGACGGGCUUGGUAUUCGGGAGGCGAUGUGUCAAGUUUCGUGGCAGCCUGGGUGCGAUGUGGAGGUUCAGGUCAACGGAGAUGACUUUGCCACAUUUGAGAGGCAAGGAUCCCUCUACAAGGGCGGAGCACCAAAGGUCUCCAUCAACAACCGGCGAGUCAAAGACGCUGCGAUGCUUCAGCCUGGGGACGUGUUGCAGGUUGGACAUGGACAUGUGUUCCGACUAUACGGCCCAGCGACAAGGCAGAACCGCCCACUGCGGAGGUCCAGCAGCAGCAAAACAGGCCUCCGGCCGAAGAGGCCGCCCGGAGUGCCGGAGUCCCUGGUCGAGGACCUGGAGGCAGAGCUCGGUCUCGAGCGAGCCUCGGCCGUCGUGGCCUUCCUCCAGGAGCUCCAGCCUCUGUUGGAGGAGGCCACGGACCUGACACAGGAGCUUCGGGGCAAGCGCCUGGUCUUUCAGGCAGAAGUUCUACGCGACGGACUGGAAGCAUCUACUCGCUCCAGCAGGCCGGACCCAGAGGUUGUCAUCGCUUUGCGGGAAGGCUUGGACACGUCCGAGAAGGACCCGACAGGCGACGAGGAUGGAGCGCUCCUGUCGGUCUGGUCUGUCGAGAAGUUCCAUCAAAGGCUCGAGGCCGUGAGAUUCGGGUCGUGA